UUUAAACAGCGUUUUUGCUGUGACGUCUUAUCCAUCAAGCAGGGCCGGUGUUGGGGAGUGGCUGACGAUUAGUUCUAAAAACCUUUCCGUCACACUCUGCGGUCUCGCAUUGAGCUGGUGGUUGCUGCCGAUCGAGCACAAUCAUGUUCUGCAGACGAGUUUGCCUGAGACUCGGCCCGAUGGUUCAGAGGGUCUUCACACCGACCUUCAGGAAAUCUCCAGUGCGUCACAUGGCCUUCGGGGUUCCUGGUGGCUCCACAAACAUGACAUACUUUGUUUUGUGCGGAGGGGGCCUCACUGCUGCAGUUGUCUAUGCCUACAAGACAGUCCUUGGUGAUAGUGAGCGCUAUGAGGACAGACUCGCCAACAUGGGCUCCGCAGCAAAGGCUAAAGCUUCCUCAGCAGAGACUGCGAUCGUCGCAGCUGAGCCCGCCCCAGCGGAGGAGCCAGAGCCGCCUGUUGAAGCAGUUGCGGAGUCUGUCGCUGCACCCGCCGAGACCGUGCCAGAGAGCACCGCUGAGCCUGUCAUUGAGAGCGCAACGCCUGAAGAAGAUGCGGGUGUGGUCCCUGAGGUCAUUGCCACCGAAGGUGAAGCCGAGCCGACCGCUGUGGAAGAAGCUCCGGCUGUAGAAGCUGAAGCUGCUCCUAUCGCUGUGGAGGUCACAGCCACGGAGGAGAGCCCAGCAGAGGCGCUGGCGAGUGCUGAGCCUGUGCCAGAUCUUCUUACAGCCGUAAAAAUACUGGCUGGUCCCACAGUUGACAUUGCUGCGGCUUCUGUUGGAGAGUCCAGUUUGGUGAGAGCCGCCCGUCGCAUAGAAGAGGAUGGGAAAGCGUUGGAGUCUGCGUUGGAAGUGUUACAACCUGAAGUCCUUGAGGGAACCAAAGAUCCUGUGGCUAAAGCACCCUUAGCAGAAGCAGUUGUCAUCACAAAUGAGGAGGAGCUGGACCCUGCAGAGGUGGUCAGUGGUGACGGAGAGCCCAUUACAGAAAUAAAAGUGUCCCCAGAAGAGACGACUACAGAAGAAGCCGCCUCUCCAGCGACGGACGAAGAGGAGGAAGUGCCUCCUGAGGAAGCUGCACCUUCAGGUCCCACUCAAGAGGAGGCGGGAGGGAUACUUCCUGAAGAUCAGAAUCCAGCCCCUGAUCCAGAAGCCAACAUCAUCCCAGAAGAGGCCUCGGCUGAAGAAGCUGCACCAUCCGCGGAGCCAAGCAACACUGCUGACGCUGCAGUGGAAGAAGAGGUGCCCCCAACUGAGACUUCUGCAGAGGAGACUGCAGAGGUUGAAGCUGAAGCUCCAGCAGAGGAGACAGUCCCUACCUCAGAAGAAGAAUGCACCACUAAUCCUCCAGAAGCUCCCACCGAGACAGCAGUGGAGGUGCUGUCAGAUGCUGAACCGGAGUCCAACUGCCACCAAGAUCCCACAGCUGAUCAACCAUGCGAAAUUCUUGAGGCAGCAGGGGAUCAGAUGAAAGAAAGCAGGGAAGCGGCCUCACCUGCAGAACCACAAAGCCCAGAGGCAGUAGUGGUGGUGAUAAGCCAGUCAUGAACUGACAGUGUGCCUUCCCCAUUACUUGUCGAGCUGUCAAUCAAAUCUGGAAGACCAAGAAAAUACAAGCUGAGAAAUGUAGAUUUUUAUCAUUCAAAUGUGUCCUUCUGAGUUGUGUGAAUAUCCCAACGUCACUGACUUAAUUCAUUAAGUUGGUUUGACCAAUUGAUUUUAUUUUCGUGCUAUAUUAUGUCCACUAGAGGUCACCAUUACAAAGAGAUUCCCCACUCAAGCAUUGACUUAACUGGGAAAGUUAGUUUGGUCAUUUAUGCCUCUAAAUCUGGACCAGAAUUUAGAUUUCGAGCAGGACUACACCCAUAUACAUUUUUCUGUUACUACUUAUAUCCAUUUAUCUUCUUUUUGUACAUAAAAAAACUGAAUGACAUACAGGUUAUGCAUUACAUAUUUUUGAGUAUUCUUAAGAUGAUAAUUUGAGUGUUUUUAGGAAAAAUACUUUUCUUCGAAAAGAUAACAUAGUUUCAUAAAACAAUACUAAUUAUGUACUUUUUGAAGCUGAUAUGGGUGACCUGCUCAUUAAUCCUCCUUGUAUCUAUUUAUCUACAUGAAAAUGGUGGUUAUUGCAUGUACGUAUAUUUCAGUAACUGCUACUAUGUAUUUUGUAGGGUCAAGCAUAAAUCCAAUUACGUUGAAGAUAAAAAGAUUUGUUGGUGAUUGUAAUAACAAGGAUUGUGAGGUCCUACAUUAAAUAGUUGAAUCAU